AUGGCGGCGGCGCACGCAUCGGCUGCUCUAUGGGGAAAGGCGUUCCCGGAUAGAGAAAAAACACGAGGCGGUGGACUCACGAUUGCCAAAAGCAUCAAGUUCGAUGUCAAGGAUGUUUACGGCGACAAAGAACUAUGUGAUCUACUACCACCAGCUGUGGCGGAGAAUGUUGAGGAUGAUGGUGAGGAAGCAGAGUGUGCUCCUUCCAAGGCACAGCUGAUGGAGGAGAUUGAGUUUCAAUCGAAGCUUCUUAGAGAAAAGGGCGACUACACCAUUGCUGAUAUCCUCGAUAUCUACUACAAGCUCGAGAAACUGGGUGACGCCGACCGCCGCGUGAAGAAAAAGAUGGAUGUGAAGUCGUGGUUCACUGGAGCAUUCGUCCAUGGGGGAAAGGCCGGGCCAAGGAGCAAUGUGGAUAACUACCCGCAAACGAGCAGGUUGCUGGUGGAGUUCGGCAAGAAGUUUGCCAAAGGCCAACCUUUUUCGACUAUAGGCAUAGCAAGGAAUGCUCAGCUCGGACUUCACCGUGACUUACACAAUGAUCAAGACACCUUCAAUGUUGUUGUACCGCUUACUGAUUUUGAGCAAGGCAACCUAUGGGUACAAGACGACCUGGUCGAGGAGGAGAAGUGUGUCUUGAAGAUCAAUCAAAGUGGGGAACCGGUGAAGGGCCGGAUACUUGAACUCCACAAGGGCGAAGCUACGUGUUUCCAACCUCGGAAAUGGCAUGAAGUACAGCCAUGGGUGGGAGAAAGAAUCGUCCUACUGAUGUUCACCCCGCGAACGAAGCUACGACAAGAAGACAUCGAGAAACUCAACGAGGUGGGUUUUGUCUUCAAACAAGUCGCGGGCAAGGACCAGGAGGAGGAGGUGAUGGAACGUCAGGAAGAGGAAAGAUCAGGGACGAAGAUCUACUACCAGGAGGAGGGCAUCACUCGCAAAUGGGCGAUACGGAAUCGUGCGGGUGCAAGGCUGAUGAAGAUGGUCAAGAAAGCAGAAGUCCAGUGCACCCCGGACAUCGAGAAGGUUUUGGCGGACUUGGGAGAGGCAGGACAGCCUUUGCAAGUAACACAUACCAUCAGUCUUCAAGAAGUCAAGAAGAAUUUGGGAGCAUGGAAGGACUCCGCGACAAAAGAAUUCAGAAACCUGGUGGAGUCAAAGAAUGCCCUGAAGGUCACCAAGCGUCAUCUCCUACCUCAAGGGUGUCGAAUAGUCCCAUGCAAAGGAGUGUAUACAGUGAAACCAGACAAAAGUCCUCUUGGUUAUCGUCGCAAAACACGCUUCGUAGCAUGUGGGAAUUAUGUCCCGGAGAAUGAGACGACCUUUGACGUCUACGCCGCAGGCCUCGAUGCGACUUCACUACGCACAGUGCUAGCCUCCAGCGCCACGAACCCUCGUUGGGGCUGGGGAGUAACAGACAUACGACAAGCUUUCGUCCUAGCUCGGUGGCUGGGUGGCCCAGUGGCAUUACAACCCCCGGCAAUAGCUUUUGAACUGGGGCUGGCAGAGGAAGGUGACAUGUGGGAAGUGCAGCAGGCCAUUUAUGGUCUUCGAGAAUCACCUGCAAUGUGGAGUCAGUAUCGUGAUACUCAGCUGACUAUGGCAAGGUGGACGGUUGAUAUCAACGGCGAGAUGGUGACCAUGAAGUUGGAACAGUUGAUCUUUGAUAAUCAGGUGUGGCGAAUUGUCAGAGAAGACGGGCAAGGAGGGCCACAAGGAUACCUACUGGUAUACAUCGAUGACCUCUUGAUCAAUGCCGAGGACAACACCAUGCGUGUUUUUUUCAGUUGGCUUUCUGCGAAAUGGGAGGUGGAUGAGCUGGAUGUGCUGGACUAUAACCACCCCAUCAAGUUUCUUGGAACGGAACUACAUAAAGUUCAAGGCGGAGUGGAGAUGGCACAGGAAGGCUUUAUCAAGGAGCUCCUCAGGACCUACGGCCAUAAGGGGAAUCGUUCACGGACUCAGGGGCCAAAGGAGACAAUGAUUCUCUCGGAUGAGGAGGAGCGCGCCCUGCUUGAUGCAGAGCCAGUUGAAGUCGCGGGAAAAGAAGAUGUUAUCAAGGAAGCUCAACGCCGAGUUGGGGAGCUACUUUGGUUGAUGGGGCGAUCAAGGCCGGACAUUCAGCAUGCAGUAGCAAUAAUGUCUUCAAGGAUUACCAGAUGUCCAGAACUGGUGAACAAGGUGGGAGAGAGAAUCCUUGAUUAUCUAUGUGAAACUCUCCACUAUCGAUUAAGCUUCGUUCCGAACGCAGACAAGAUCAACCACCUCGAUGUGUACACAAACAGUUCGUUUGCUCCAAGCGGAGGAAGGUCGCAUGGUUCAUGUGCAGUAUUCUUCAACGACUGUGCAAUAGCAUGGAGGUCGGCACGUCAGCAGUUGGUGACCUUAUCGACUGCAGAAUCAGAACUGCUAGAAGCGGUGGAGGGCAUGGUCCUAGGACGAGCUACCAAAGGUCUUUUGGACGAGAUGACCAAGGAUAAGGUGGUGUUGAAUCUUUUGGUGGAUAACGCUGCGGCUGUUUCAUUGCUGGGUUCGACAACAGGAUCAUGGCGUACCCGUCAUCUCCGACUCCGUUCAAAUUGGCUGAGAGAACUUAUCCAGUCCAAGGAGGUGAACCUCAGACACCAGCCUGGAGAUGGGCAACGGGCCGAUUUAGGCACCAAGCCGUUCUCUAGAGAACGGCUACAGCACCUGGUCAGGUUAUGGGGCCUCGUGGACCGGCGCCCUUCCCAAACUUCGUCUACGGCAAGCGCUAAGAAAGUGACUGUGAAAUCAUCGUGGUUGUCAACUUUGUUGAUGAUGUGCCAAGUUUGUGGCUCGGCGGGCCAGAAGGAUGACUUGAAAACGGAGGUCCCAUGGGAUCUGUACGUGGCAAUCCUGGUACUCUCGGUGGCAGUGAUAGCCAUUUGGGAAGGAGGAAAAAACUGCUUACGACCCCGGGAAGCCAAGGUCAGAGCCCAACGAGCACAAGCGGACUUCUUGGACACCUCAAGAAAGAUUACCAGGAACGAGCUUAAGGAACUUCAGCGAAUGAUGGCAAUUCAACCAACGGAACUUACCACGACUCAAAAGGUCAGACUGGUUGAGCUACAGCAGAAGUUCAAGGAUUCCAUGCCCGAAGGAUCGUCGCCUAUGCCAAGGUUUCCAGAUGAGAUGUUUCAAGCGAGCCAACCCUCGACUUCUUCUUCGUCGACGAACUACAACAAACAGCCCAAGGUGAAGGAGACAAAGGAUGCAGAGAUCCAAACGGACCCCCCGGCUUUCAUCAGAGUUGAACCACCUCCUCCAACAGCUAUACGCACUUAUGCGGGCCCGUUCUACCAGAUACCGGGAGGGGACAAGUUUCAUGUGUUUCCCCACUGCUGGGGUUUGAGGAACGCCAGUAGGACCAAUACGGUCUCCGUGUGCCGCUGUUGUGCAGAGAAUGCGGGCAAUCGGAUUUACUGA